CGUGAUUUCGUAGUGAGCUAUCGUCGAGACGUGAUUUCUUUCCGACUUCAGUGUUCUGCAGAAGUGUACAGAUUAAGAACAAACCCACCAGCAGGAUGACGGUUCCCAGUGCCAUGGAGGCACCGUCAAAGGCGACGCCCGGUACCCUGCCGGACGGAGCGAACGGUUCUGCCAAAGUGAAGGCCAUCUUUCAUGACACCAACAACAACGAAAUCAUCAUGGGCGACGACAUGACCGUCAGUGAGAAGGAGUUGAACCAAUAUAUGGAGCACUAUAACCGUUGGAAGCAGUCCGCCCUGGGGAAGUGGCUCCAGGAUCAGCUGGAGGAUAAGUUCGGGUGGAAGUUCGGCGCCGAAAUUAAGUGGAAAAAUGUGGCUAUGAUCGGGGCACUGCACCUGGUCACGGCGGCUCUCUUCUUCGUGUACGUAUGGGAGUCCACCGUCUAUACCUGGCUCUGGGGAAUAUUCGUGGGAGGAUGCGCCGGCUUCGGCGUAACGGCCGGCGCCCACCGGUUGUGGACCCACCGAGCGUACAAAGCGAAACUGCCGCUUCGCAUCCUUCUGAUGGUCUGCUUUUGCAUGUCCGGUCACAACAGUCUGCACGAGUGGGUCCGCGAUCAUCGUAUCCACCACAAGUACUCCGAAACAGAUGCCGAUCCGCACAACUCAAACCGUGGCUUCUUCUACGCCCACGUUGGUUGGCUACUGCUAAGAAAGCACCCGGAAUGCAUCAAGAAGGGCCGGCUGAUCGAUAUGACCGACUUGCUGGCCGACCCCGUGGUCAGAUUCCAUCAGAAAUUCUUCCCGCUGCUGAAGACUUUGUUCACCUACGUUAUCCCGUCGGUGAUUCCGUGGUACUUUUUCGGCGAAGGUUUCCUCCUGUCGUUCCUGGCCAACUGCUUGCUGAGAAACACGAUGACACUCAACUUUACCUGGCUGGUGAACAGCGCAGCGCAUAUCUACGGGCACAGGCCUUACGAUAAGCGCAUCCGACCAGCAGAGAACAAAUUGGUGUCGAUCGUGGCAAUGGGCGAAGGAUGGCACAACUAUCAUCACGUGUUUCCCUGGGACUACAAAGCGGCCGAAAUGGGCGACUACCGGAUGAACAUUACUACCUUCUGGUUGGACCUAUUUGCUAAGAUCGGCUGGGCGUACGAUCUGAAGGAACCAUCGAAGGAACUCGUCCAAAGAAUAGUCAACAAAUACGGGGAUGGAACGUACAUCACGACCAAAAUCGAACACCUGCAAGAGGUACCGGAUCCCUACCUACUUAAGGCCCAGUAGAGCAGUGUAAUUUUUAUUCUCAUUAGUCAAGCUCCGUGAGUGUGUUAAGCGUUAGUGGUAAGGUUCCAAUUAAAU